AUGGAGCAGGUUAGUGCAAACGCUUCUUCUCAGGCGAUCCCCGACCUGACCUUCGGGAUUGAGCUUGAAUUCAUUCUCAUUGGCGAUGGGCAGGAGAUGAAGCAGCAGCUUUACAGCAGCGGCGCCCCUGCAUUUGACGCGCUCUUCCACUCGAAGGGUCGUCAGCUCGUUCACAGGGUCCUGAGCAACCACAGCGUUGAAGCCGUGGUCAACGGCUUUACGCCGCGGGACAACAUUGGUGGCCCCAUGAGCGAGAGGUACCAGAAGUGGACGGUUGCCCCCGAACCUACCGUCCGGCUCAGCAACGACGAGCAGCUUCUCCUCCCGAGCGGCUUCAUCGCCGAGGCCAUCGAGCUCAAGAGCCCGAUCUUCUCCCUGCAGGACCAGGACUACUGGCGUGGAGAGAUCAACCACGUCCUGGGCACCCUCCAGGACAACCUCAACUCGGGCCAGGGCCUCUGCCCUUCGGUGCGCCUACUGGUGAACGAGACUUGCGCGUUUCACGUCCACGUCGGCAAGAGUGAUGACGCCUCUCGCAUCUUCACCCUCCGUACGAUCGGCAACCUCUACCAGCUGGCGACCGGGUUCGAGCGCGUCAUCGACGAGCUCCACUCGGCGGACCGCAUCAAGGAAUCGACCUGGGCUGAGCCGACGGUCGACAUGGUCGACCAAAACGGCUACAUCAAGAUCCCUCUCUUCACGCCUCCCUCCUCCGGAUGGAAGCGUGACGCAGACCCGGAUGUCUCCGAGGAGGGUACCCCGCUGAGCUGGUGCAAGGUCAUCGAGGACCUCACUGCCGGCAGCAACGACCCGAACCACGUCGUCACGCUGAAUCGCGCUCUUCAGCGUCUGACGGGUGGUAGCAGGUUGGUUGCUUACAACUUGAACAACUGCCUCGUCCCCGACCUCUGGCCGCUGCCGGCGUACAGAGGCACAAACGUCGGUGCCAGCGGCAGCGCUACCCACUACCACCCGCACGAUCCCCAGCGUGCGUCUAACACUUGGACGAUCGAGUUCAAGCAGCACGGCGGCACGCUGGACGUCCGCACGGUGUUCGCCUGGGUUGAUGUGGUCACUGCGAUGACGGGGCUGGCAGAGCACUGCGCCGACGGCGGCUUUCUCGAGCGCGAGGAGCUGCACGACUUGCUGCAAGAGCAUGCCGAGGACGCAUCCUUCGGGCCCGCCGAGUUCCUGAAGGAUGUCCUCAAGGUCUCGGUGGACACGCAAGACUACUACGCCUGGGUUUGGGAGAGGACCUGGAACGACAUCGAUCCUGCUCCGGCAGCUUCCAACACCUAUCCUGCUAGGAUGCUGCUCCGCCACAAUGCGGUUCAAAUGGCCGAUUUGAGGAGUAGGGCGGCGGUGGUGAUUGAACUGGAUUACAAGCUGCGCAGCAAGCAGUAUGGCAUGUUCAAUAGCGAGACGAAGAGAGCUCUGAAGGAUGCGAUGAAGGCGAAAUUGAGGGCUGCUGGCGUCGUCUAG